AUGGCUCCGAAGAAGAAACAGCAAAAGCAGAAGGCUAAUACGGCUUCAUCGUCUUCCACGAAGUCAGGUUCAAAAGGUAAACCUGCUAAGCAGACGGUCUCGAAACUUCAGAUAUCCGCAGAAAAUGAGAAUCGGCUCCGGCGCCUAUUGCUCAACUCUGGUCGGCCAGAACCAACUCCGGCUCCUGGGGAGGCGGACGAUUCUCUCUCUAAGGAGAAGAAAGUGAAGAAACUUCGGUCUGUUUACGAGAAACUUUCCUGCGAGGGUUUCACUGAUGAACAAAUUGAAAGUGCUCUUUCCGCUCUUAAGGACACUGCUACCUUUGAGGGUGCUUUAGACUGGCUGUGCUUGAAUUUGCCUGGCGAUGAGCUUCCAUUGAAGUUCUCUGGUGGUAUCACAUCACAUGCAGAUGGAGAAAUUUUUCCUAUGGGACUAACUUUUAUCAACUGCUCAUAUCCAUAUCAAGGCCAUGUUGGUGUUGUAUCAACUGCUCGAGAAGAUUGGGUUCCCACAGUGGAUUCAUCCCGAGAUGAAAGUAAAGAUGACAUCCAGAAGUUCUCUGUCAAAGUUAAGGGGCAGAGGGAUGAAGAAACUUUAGAUUCCUUACAAUUGUCUCAAGCAGACUGGAUUCGCCAAUACAUGGAACAGCAGGAAGAGGAUGAAUCUGACACAUGGGAAUCUGAUAAUUCUGAAGAGAAGGUUCCAGAACCAAGGUCUGAUGUUGGUGCCAUUAUUAAAGAUUAUCAAACUGCAAGGUUAGAAGCAAUCAGUGCCAAGGAGAGAGGGGACAAGCAAGCCCAGAAAACAGCUGGGGAAAUUAUUCGCAAGAUCAUGCAAGAAAUAUCUGCAUUAGGAUUGUCUGCCGAUAUCUUGGAGUCUUCCAACAUUGUCUCGAAAGAUGCAUCUCCUGUGUUUAUGCCUCCCGAGAUUGAUGAUAAUGAGCAUCCAACUUUUAGUGUUGAAGAAAGUGAUGCAGACUGUGUUCAGAAAGGAGUUCAGGUUGAUCAAGACAAUGCUUCAGUCAACAAUUUCAUUGAUUCUGUAGCUGUAGAAACUCUUUCAAGUGCAGCUACAGAGGAUAAAAAUGCUUUUGAGGAGGGUUCGGAAGAUGUAGAGCUUGGUGAUUUCUUUUUCGAAGAUGCCUCAAACUCUGACAGUUUGCCUCCAGACAUAGUGGAUCUGCAAAAGAAAGAAAGAGCUAGAGAAUUGCAUAGUAAAAAGAAUUUUGAUAAAUUGGAGGGCAUUUGGAAGAAGGGGGAUCCGCAAAAGAUUCCUAAGGCAUUCCUUCACCAGCUUUGUCAAAGAGAAGGUUGGGAGGCUCCAAAAUACAAUAAAGUGCUAGGAACUAGAAAUUGUCCCAGUUACGCUGUCAGUAUACUGCGCAAACCUAGUGGCAGGGGUAAGAGCAGAAAACCUGGAGGACUAAUAUCUGUACAACUGCCUUCACAGGAGGAGCUUGCUAUUGAUACUGAGGAUGCACAGAACAGGGUUGCAGCAUAUGCGCUCCAUGUUCUCUUCCCAGACCUGCCUGUUUACCUGCCAAUUGUGGAACCAUAUGCUUCUUUUAUAUUAUGCUGGAAGGAAGGUCAGUUGUCAGAAAACCUGGAAGCUUAUAUGGAAGAACGGAGAGCAGGAUUUGUAGACUCCUUACUAAAUGCCAGCGGGCCUAAAAUCAAUGGCGAAGAAGAGGUUACUAGUGCAUCUGUAGAUAAAGAGUUUGAAAUUCUGGAUGUGGAGGAGAGUACUAGUGCUUCUUCUAAUCCAAAAAGCUAUGGUAUGAAUCAUAAAAAAGACGCAUAUAGUUCUUUUCUAAGGAAUGAACUGGAAAAUAGGAAGAAAAUGAGAAAAUACCAGGAAAUGUUAAAAUCUAGAGCUUCCCUCCCUGUUUCAAAGUUGAAAGGUGAAAUCUUACAACUGCUGGAAAAAAAUAAUGUGUUGGUUGUUUGUGGUGAAACAGGUUCUGGAAAAACAACUCAGGUUCCACAGUUUAUACUGGACCACAUGAUUGAAGCUGGACAGGGAGCAAGCUGCAAUAUUAUAUGCACGCAGCCACGGAGGAUUGCGGCUAUUUCAGUUGCUGAAAGAGUUGCUGACGAGCGUUGUGAAUCUUCUCCCGGUGCAAAAGAUUCUUUGGUUGGUUAUCAAGUUCGCCUUGAUAGUGCAAGGAAUGAGAGAACAAAGCUCCUCUUUUGCACCACUGGGAUACUUUUGAGGAUGGUUUUGGGUAACAAAGAUUUGGAUGGCAUUAGUCAUGUGGUAGUUGAUGAAGUGCAUGAAAGAUCUAUUUUGGGAGAUUUUCUUCUCAUUGUACUGAAGAAUCUGAUCGAGAAGCAAUCUGCUCAAUCUACAAGAAAAUUAAAAAUUAUUCUCAUGUCUGCAACAGUUGAUUCGCAUCUCUUUUCACAAUACUUUGGGGCUUGCCCAGUUAUUACUGCUGAAGGGCGGACACAUCCUGUCACAACUUACUUUCUUGAGGAUAUUUAUGAAGCCACAGAUUAUCGCCUUGCUUCAGAUUCUCCUGCGUACUUAAACUAUGAAACAAUGCCCAAUGAAAAGAGAAACGCAGUUGGCAACCGUAGAGGCAAGAAAAAUCUUGUUUUAUCUUCGUGGGGAGAUGAAUCCUUGUUGUCUGAAGACCUUAUCAAUCCACAUUAUGUCCCGAGCAAUUAUACAUCAUUCAGUGAACAAACUCGAAAAAAUCUGAGAAAAUUGAAUGAAGAGGUAAUCGACUAUGAUCUGCUAGAGGACCUGAUCUGUUUCAUCGAUAAAAGCUACCCAGAGGGGGCUGUACUCAUCUUUUUGCCGGGAGUUGCUGAAAUUGAGAUGUUGCUUGAUAAGCUAUCUGCUUCUCGCCGUUUUGGUGGACCAGCUUCUGAGUGGCUUCUUCCUCUACAUUCAUCGAUAUCAUCUGAGGAUCAAAAAAAAGUUUUCUUGCGGCCGCCUGAUAACAUUCGUAAGGUGAUAAUUGCUACAAAUAUUGCGGAGACUAGUAUAACAAUUGAUGAUGUUGUAUAUGUGGUGGACUCAGGGAAGCAUAAAGAAAACCGUUAUGAUCCAAAGAAGAAAUUGUCAAGUAUGGUUGAAGAUUGGGUAUCAAAAGCCAAUGCAAGACAGCGCCGGGGAAGAGCUGGUCGUGUGAAGCCUGGGAUGUGCUUUAGUUUGUAUACGAAGCACAGAUAUGAGAAGCUAAUGCGGCCAUACCAGAUACCAGAGAUGCUUCGGAUGCCAUUGGUUGAAUUAUGCUUGCAGAUCAAGUUGCUUUCACUGGGUAGAAUAAAGCCCUUUCUCCUUAAGGCUCUGGAACCACCUAGUGAAGAGACCAUUGCAUCAGCAAUUUCUUUGUUAUAUGAGGUUGGAGCAAUUGAAGGCGAAGAACAAUUAACUCCUCUUGGGUAUCACUUGGCAAAGCUCCCAGUGGAUGUUUUGAUUGGCAAGAUGCUGAUAUAUGGCGGAAUAUUUGGAUGUUUGUCCCCAAUCCUCUCCAUAUCUGCAUUUUUGAGCUAUAAGUCACCAUUUGUAUACCCAAAAGAUGAGAAGCAAAAUAUGGAAAGAGCAAGAUUGGCAUUGUUACAAGAUAAGAUUGGUGGUGAAAACGCUUCAAGCAAUGACAAUGGACAAUCUGACCACAUACUAAUGAUGGUUGCAUAUAGAAAAUGGGAGAAAAUACUUCAUGAGGAUGGAGGAAAAGCUGCACAAGAAUUUUGUCGAGCAUAUUUUCUGAGCAGUUCUGUAAUGUUCAUGAUAAGAGAUAUGAGAAUUCAGUUUGCAACAUUACUAGGAGACAUUGGAUUAAUCAAUAUUCCACGGAAAUACGAGAUUGAACGUAGAAGGGAACAAAAGUUUGAUAAUUGGCUUUCAGAUGCAUCCCAGGUUUUCAAUGCGUACGCCAACAGUUGGUCAAUAGUGAAGGCAAUAGUGUGUGCUGGACUGUACCCUAAUGUAGCUACAAGCGAGGAAAGCAUUGUUCGAUCGGCUCUUGGCCUCCAAAAGAACUCAGCUUCUGCUUCUGAUGGUCAUAAUCUGUGGUAUGAUGGGAGAAGAGAAGUGCACAUACACCCUUCUUCUAUCAAUUUCAGCGUGAAGAAAUUUCAGUACCCAUUUCUUGUCUUUCUUGAAAAGGUUGAAACAAAUAAGGUGUUCCUGCGGGACACUACUGUAGUCUCUCCCUAUUCAAUUUUGUUGUUUGGUGGCAAAAUAAAUGUGCAUCAUCAGACUAGAUUAGUCAGCAUCGAUGACUGGUUGAAAUUGGCUGCUCCAGCACAAACUGCUGUGCUUUUCAAAGAACUGCGUUCAACUCUGGAUUCUAUCCUGAAGGGUUUAAUUAGCAAGCCACAGGCUGUAUCUGUCAAGAGUAAUGAUGUUCUGAGGUCCAUCGUUCACUUGCUUCUGGAAGAAGAUAAACAGAUGCAGUAA